UAGUGGCUGGGUUUCUGACAUGGUACAUCAGAGCCAAAGGUCUUGGGUUCAACUCCCAGUGCCAGCGCUGCAGAGGCGCUCGUGUCUUCCACCUAUCCCAGCGGGGGGGGGGGUGUUGAGUGACCCGCUGGGGUUGCCCUUGAGAUCCUCGGGGAAGGGCCACAGCAGUAUCGUGUUGUCCUUAGUGGAAACAAGCUCAGCUCUCGUCAGUGACGUGACGAGUUGUUUCGUCGCGAGAUUUUCGAGCCCAGCUGCAGCAGCAAGGAACUGCGGGGAUCGGCGCAGCGCCGCGCGACGUGAAGCGAAGCGAAGCAUGAAGAUCGAGGACGUGCAGUCGACGAGCAAGAAGCAGCGAGUCGCGUCGCACACGCACAUCAAGGGGCUCGGCCUCAAGGAGGAUGGGUGCGCGGUGGAGGUGGGCGGGGGGUUCGUGGGGCAGGAGCGCGCGCGUGAGGCGGCGGGGCUGGUGGUGGACCUGAUCCGCUCCAAGCGCAUGGCGGGGCGCGCGCUGCUGCUGGCGGGUGCGCCGGGCACGGGGAAGACCGCACUGGCGCUGGGAAUCGCGCAGGAGCUGGGGUCUAAGGUGCCGUUCUGCCCGAUGGUGGGGUCGGAGGUGUUCAGCAGCGAGGUGAAGAAGACGGAGGUGCUGAUGGAGCACCUGCGCCGCGCCAUCGGGCUGCGCAUCCGCGAGAAGAAGGAGGUGUACGAGGGCGAGGUGGUGGAGCUAGCCCCCGAGGAGACGGAGAGUGUGAGUGGGGGAUACGGCAAGGCGAUCAGCCACGUGGUGAUCGGGCUCAAGACGGUCAAGGGCACCAAGCAGCUCAAGCUCGACCCCUCCAUCUACGACGCGCUGCUCAAAGAAAAGGUGUCAGUGGGCGAUGUGAUCUACAUCGAGGCGAACAGCGGUGCAGUGAAGAGGGUGGGGCGCAGCGACGCGUUUGCAAGCGAGUUCGACCUGGAGGCGGAGGAGUACGUGCCGGUGCCCAAGGGAGACGUGCACAAGCGCAAGGAGAUCGUGCAGGACGUGACGCUGCACGACCUGGACGCGGCCAAUGCGCAGCCGCAGGGCGGGCAGGACAUAAUGAGCAUGAUGGGGGCGCUGCUGCGGCACAAGAAGACCGAGAUCACCGACAAGCUUCGGCAGGAGAUCAACAAGGUGGUGAACAAGUACAUCGACGAGGGCAUAGCGGAGCUCAUUCCAGGAGUGCUCUUCGUUGAUGAGGUGCACAUGCUCGAUAUAGAGUGCUUCACGUUCCUCAACAGAGCGCUGGAGAGCCAGCUAGCGCCCAUAGUUAUCUUCGCCACCAACCGAGGCAUCUGCCCCAUCCGGGGCACGGACGUGCUGAGUCCGCACGGCAUCCCCGUUGACUUGCUUGACCGCCUGGUCAUCAUCACCACUCUGCCCUACACCCCCGACGAAAUGCUCAAGAUCAUUGCAAUCAGAGCGCAAGUGGAGGGCCUCACCAUUGACGAGCAGUGCCUUGCCUUGCUCGGGGAGAUCGCAGAGCGAACCUCCCUCAGACAUGCAGUCCAGCUCCUCACUCCCAGCAGUAUUGUGGCGAAGGCAAAUGGUCGAAGCAACCUGACAAAGGAUGACAUUGAUGCGGUCUCGCUUCUAUUCUUGGACUCCAAGGCAUCAGCAAGGAUGCUACAGGAGCAUUCAGACAAAUAUGUUUCACAAUGAUAAUGAUUUUGUCUGAUAACGUGUAAGUAUAAGAGACGUUUUGGUUCUACUUGCUUUUCAGGAAAAGUUUUAAGAAUAUUCAUAGCGCUGAUAUGCACUGUGAAAGCGUAUGAGCAUAGGCAGCCUGUUAUUCUGGCCGCUUGGAGCAAAGCUUGUUGGGAGUACGAUGCCACGUAGUGUCCACGUAUGCAAUACGUCAUUUAG